GGGGGGGGGCGGUGCGCGGGUCUCCUCCUCCUCCGGCCGCUCCUGCUGGCUUGCUGCUAUAAAGCCUCCUGGUCCUGGCGCGUCCCGACGGUUCCAUUACUGGUUCCUGGCAGGAUGGAGUUGGGGCUCAGCUUGGGGGAGACCAUGGCGGACGCCGGGAGGGACCUGGUGCUCGGCCUCGGGAUGGGGGCCGGGGCCAGGAGGGACGGGGAGGCGGAGCCGGGGAGGAGGGAGCUGGAGUUCGGGGCCCGGCGGUGCGGCCGGCGUCCGUCGCCGGAGCCGGCGGUGCGGCUCACGCUCCUGCCCGGACUGGUGCCCGGCCUCGGCCUCCCGUGGCCGCCGCCGUCCGAGGCCACCAGGCAUCUGGAGGCGUCCACGCGCGGGUUCGACGUGAACCGGGCGCCGUCGCUGUCCGCGGCCGGCGCGGCGGCGGAGGACGACGAGGAGCGGGACGAUGCCGGCGCGGCGGGGGCGGCGGCCGCGUCGUCGUCGCCCAACAACAGCGCGGGCUCCUUCCCGACCGACUUCUCCGCGCACGGCCAGACCGGCCCGGGCCCGAGCGGCGGUGGCGGCGACCGCGCGGGGUCCCGCGCCAGCGACGAGGACGACGGCGGCUCGGCGCGCAAGAAGCUGCGCCUCUCCAAGGAGCAGUCCGCGUUCCUCGAGGAGAGCUUCAAGGAGCACGCCACGCUCAACCCGAAGCAGAAGCUGGCGCUGGCGAAGCAGCUCAACCUCCGGCCGCGCCAGGUGGAGGUGUGGUUCCAGAACCGCAGAGCCAGGACGAAGCUGAAGCAGACGGAGGUGGACUGCGAGUACCUGAAGCGCUGCUGCGAGACGCUCACCGAGGAGAACCGGCGGCUGCAGAAGGAGCUGGCGGAGCUGCGCGCGCUCAAGACGGUGCACCCCUUCUACAUGCACCUCCCGGCCACCACCCUGUCCAUGUGUCCCUCCUGCGAGCGCGUCGCCUCCACCUCCGCCCCCGCCGCCGCCGCGCCGGCUCAGGCCGCCUCCUCGUCCCCAUCCCCCGCCGGAGGGGGCGGCAUUGCGGCGGCCCCGCCGGAGCAGAGGCCCUCGUCGUUCGCCGCGCUGUUCUCGUCCCCGCUCAGCCGCCCGCUGGCCGCCCAGCCUCAGCCGCAGGCGCCGGCGAGCUCGUGAGGCCCCCCCUCGUCGUACCUACCAGUCGCCCACUCUCCUCCGGCGAGGCGAACGAAGGGCCUGCCUGUAAAUGCGCUCACUUUUUUUCUUCUUCUUCGCCUUUCCUUUGGUUUCACUUCUUGCGGUUCUUGGGAUUUUUUGUGGUUCGCCGAUGGGUUUACCAGUUUAGAGAGAAUCCGAUGGGGGUAGCGCGUCAUCUGGCCGUCAGAUUGGACUGUGGACGGUCAGGAUGCUGAAAGAAAAUGCUGCAAUAGAGUUUAUUAAUUAAGUAGCAUCAAUCACUUUCUAGCAGUACGUAUUUCCUUGCUAUUUUGGUGCUAAUUCUGAUUUUCUAAAAAAAAGAACAAAGAGUUUGUAGUCUUGUUUUUUUA